CAAAAAAUAAUCAGCUGAUCAGGAACGAUGCCAAGUAUUGCUUAAUGUCAUAUUAUUAUUAUUAUUAUUAGGCUAGCGAACAAGGCAAUGCUCAUAACGCAAUUAAGAAGGAUAUUAAUCAUUAGUUAAGCAAGUAAUACUCAAAUAGAAACCACUACGAAACAACCGACAGGCGAAAUGCAAAUAGCGAACAGCUAUGACCAAGUACAAGAGAACAUUUUACAAGUUUCAAAAUCUCACAACUGUGAAAUCUGCGGCAAAGGGUUCAGCAAGGAUAGUAAACUAAAAGAACACCGAAACAUCCACACCGGUGAAAGACCGUUCGGGUGUAAUUUCUGUGAUAAAACAUUUUCUACCCGUAGUACCCUGUCGGUUCACAAACGCAUUCAUUGGGGGAACAAGCCACUUAUAUGUGAGGUGUGCGAUGAAGAAUUUCAGCAAAGGACCCAUUUCGUGAUACACCAGAAGACGCACAUAGGAGAAAAGCCCUUCAAAUGCGAUGCCUGUGGUAGGAAGUUUGCUAAGAAAUCUUGCAUGUAUAAUCAUAAGCAUUGUAGUAAAAGUGAACGACCUUUCAAAUGUGAAAUAUGUGGCAAAAAAUUCUCGUUCAAUUUUGAUAUGCUUCAACAUAAGCGAAUCCACACCGGCGAAAAACCACACAAAUGUGAUGUGUGUGGGAAAGAUUUUCGCUUGAAAUUUGUUUUGGUUGACCAUAAGCGUAUUCAUACUGGCGAAAAACCAUACGAGUGUAACAUUUGUGCUAGAAAGUUCCGUACACGUGCUAUCCUGAACAAUCACAAAAUGACACAUAACAGUGGAAAUUCAUAUGAAUGUGGAACGGAUUCAGAAAUAAUUGUUGAGAAAUCCGUUCAAUCUCAAGGUAGAAUACGUCCUCACCAGUGCAACAUUUGCAACAAAAAAUACAUGCGAAAUACAGAUCUUAUGCGACACAGCCGCGUCCAUAGCAACGCUAAACCAUACGUUUGUGAGAUUUGCUUUAAGCAUUUCACCUAUUCCGUAGGUCUAUUAAGGCAUGCUCACAUCCACAACGAGGAAAUAUUUAAAUGUAACGGUUGUAUAAAGCAGUUCAGCAGCUACGAAGAACUAAAGGCACACCGCCUAAUCCAUGACACUUACGAGUGCCCGACGUGUAGGAAAAGAUUCAGAAGCAACAGUAUUCUACAACAGCACAUCCGAGUUCAUACCGGGGAAAGACCGUACACUUGUGACAUUUGCAGCAAAAGUUUCAAGACACUCAGUACACUUUCCGCACAUAAUCGCACACACAUCGACCACCCAGUUCGACCGUUUCACUGCGAUGUGUGUGGUGCUGAAUUCACUCGAAAAACAAGCCUGAAUCGACACAGGAAGAAUCAUGGAUUGCCACCGGCCAGUGAUCCGGCAAGGGAAUUGAAACUGAAUGAUGUAGAAGGAAACGUACGCGGGCAUCAGAACGUAAACGUGGAUGGGGAAAUCGAGGAAUCCCCACUGAAAACAGAAUUCUUUGAGUUGGCUAGAAUGCAGGACGAGUAUAAAGGUGUUGUUGCAGCUUGGACAGAAACAUUCACUCCACGGGACCCAAGUGCAAUAAUCAAACGCGACAAUGAUCUCCAUCCUGAGCUAACUAACAUUAAAGUUGAACAGGGCAGCGCAGAGAAGAAAGUCUUCAACAGCAACGAACUACCGAUAAAUACUUUUACUCCUCCGGUGCAAACCAUUUUACUAACCGACGAAACUAGUUCCGACCAUCGAUGUAGUAUUUGUGGGAAAACAUUUCUUAAGAGCAAGCUUCUUACUAGACACUGCAAACGACAUUUUCGCAAACCUCGGCACAAAUGUACAUUAUGUGAGGAUGCAUUUUCAUCUAAAGGUGCCCUCGCUGCACACAUCACUACCCACACUGGAGAGAAACCGUACAAAUGCGAAGUGUGUGGCAAAGGAUUCUCUCGCGACAGUAAUUUAAGGAAUCACAUGGGCAUUCACAACAGCGAACGAUCGCACAAAUGUGAUGUCUGCGGCAGAACUUUCCGUCGGGUCAAAGAUCUGGAGACUCACACGCAGGUUCACAGCAAAGCGAAUUCUUGUAAAUGUGAUAUUUGUGGCAAAGAAUUAGUCCGAAGUGCUAGCCUUGCAUCACACAUGCGCAUCCACGUUGGUGAAAAAAGUCUCAAGUGUCACGUGUGUGGCAGAGGAUUUAUACAUUCGUCUAGCCUUGCGUAUCAUGUUGGAACCCACAGCGGCGAGCAUGCCUACCAAUGGCAAUGUGAAGUUUGCGGUAAAAAGUUUACCAACAGCAAAAAUCUGGCGGAGCAUAGCCGUAUCCACACCGAAGAUUUACACAAGUGCCCAAUUUGUGGCAAAGAAUAUCCAUAUGCGAAUAAUCUUAAAGACCAUAUGAAUGUACACACCGGAAUACGACCUUACAAAUGUGACACAUGUGGCAAAGAUUUCAUCAAGCGUUACAACCUCAACUGUCACAUGCGUCACCAUACCGGUGAGCGACCGUAUAAAUGUGCUAUUUGUGGCAGGCAGUUCCUUUACAAUAGUAGCCUAGAAAGGCACACAGCGACUCAUGAUAGCGAACGGUCGCACAAAUGUGACAUCUGUGGCAAGCAGUUUUUCCGCAGCACAGAUGUUGUAAAUCAUCGACGCAUUCAUACCGAUGAGAAAGCACACAAAUGUGAAGUCUGCGACAAAGCUUACUUGGAUUUACCUCGCCUCAAACGGCACGUGCUUUUCAGCCACAGCACCGAGCGGCCGUACAAAUGCGAAUUUUGUCCCAAAACGUUUGUAGACAAAAUUACGCUUGCAAAUCAUGGUCCGGUUCAUUCCAGUAUACCAGCAUUCGGUUGCGACAUCUGUGGUAAGCGGUUUAAGUAUCAGUCGUACCUCCGAAUUCAUGCACUACUGCACACAGGCGAACGUCCGUACCAGUGUGGCGUGUGUGGGAAGGGAUGCGUCUCAAAAAGCGUGCUCAUUGUACACGAACGCAUCCACACCGGCGAGAAACCUUUUCAGUGUGACUUGUGCGAAAAGGGUUUUAUUAGUAAGGGUUUGUUGGUACAGCAUAAGCGUACACAUUUGGAGCUUCCUGUUCCAGAAGAAUUGGUAGCGGUCGAAGAGGAAGGCGAAGAUCCGGUUGGAGAAUACAAACAGCUCGCAGUACGCGCAUCGCACAUGAUUUACAGAAAGAGUGAAAUUAGAAAUCACACUAGAACGACCUCUUAUCGUGGGAAGAUGCCAAGUAACGGUCAAGACAGUUUCGACCAAGAUCAUAAAGUGGACAAGUUCCGAGAAGUAGUUUGUCAGCAGGAAAACAUUUCUAAUUUCGAGGAAGAACCUCCCUCUAGUUUAAGCCAGCCAAAUGAGCAAUCAACAUCCCUGCAGCCGCCAAAUAGUUCCGAAAGUAGCGCCGUAAGUGAAUCUGACAAUAGCUAUCAAAAUGACAGUCCGGCUCCCGAGGUCCGUCUGCACGUCUGUAAAAUUUGUGAUAAAGGAUUCACAAAAAAAGAUCUGCUUAAAAAUCACAUGCGCACCCACCUUGGCCAACGUAACCAUAUAUGUGACAUAUGUGGUAAGCGAUGUUUGAUGGGAAAGGAUCUUGCCUCUCACAGGCGCACUCACACAGGCGAGAAACCGUUCGAGUGUGACAUAUGUCAUAAGCGGUAUGCCCAGCGCGUGGGUCUUAUCUAUCACAAAAAUAUUCACAGCGGCGAACGAACGCACAAGUGUAAUUUGUGCGGUAACUUAUUCCUUCGAAAGAGAGAUCUGGUAGUUCACGAACAACGCACUCAUACUACCGAUAAGCCGCACAAGUGCGACGUUUGUGACAAACAAUUCAAAUAUUUCAACAGCCUUGCGUAUCAUGCCAGCAUCCACAGUGAACCAAGGCACAAGUGCGAGGUCUGUGAUAAACGAUUUCGAAGAGAAAAAGAUCUGGCGGCACAUAGUACCAUGCAUUUGAAGGAAAAAUCUCAUAUAUGCACCGUGUGUAAUAAAGGAUUUUCUGAUGCGAAACGUCUUACUCGGCACCAAAUCUCUCAUAGUGACAAACGGCCGCACACGUGUGAGCACUGUCCGAAAAAAUUCCACACCAAAAUAGAACUCACAAAGCAUACACGGGUUCACACCGGUGAAAAGCCGUAUCGUUGCGAAGUAUGUGGCAAAGAAUUCACAGAUGCCGGUUACCGAACAAUACACAUGCUAAUGCAUACAGGUGAAAAGUCGCAUGAAUGUAAAAUAUGUGGGACAAAAUUCUACACCAAUAACAUACUCUUAGGACAUAUGCGGAAGCAUACUGGUGAACGCAAACACAAAUGUGACGUUUGUGGUAAAGGAUUUUUGAGUACUACUCACCUUGCUCAGCACAUGCGCAUUCAUACAGGUGAGCGUCCUUACAAGUGCGACAUUUGCGGUCGAGAAUGCAAACAAAGUAGCGACCAUUUCCGUCAUAUGCGUGCUCAUGCCAACGAUCGGGCCUACAAAUGCGAAGUGUGUAACAAAGGAUUCAUGGCUCCAGGUCGUCUGACGGUUCACAUGCGUGUUCACACCAAUGAAAGACCUUACACCUGCGAUAUAUGUCAGAAAGGCUUUACCGGAAGUGCAGUCCUCAAACAGCACAAACGCAUACAUUCCGAAGAACGGCCGCAUAAAUGUGACACUUGUGGUAAAGGAUUUGUUUGCUCGGGUGAUCUUAAUAAACACAAACGAUCACAUACCGGUGAACGACCGUACAAGUGUGAUAUAUGUCCGAAAGCAUACAGAUUGAGUGGAGUUUUAAACCAGCAUAUGCGCACCCACACCGGAGAACGACCGCAUAAAUGUAACGAGUGUGGCAAAGGAUUUAUCAGAAAGGAUCACCUUAGAAAUCACAGGCGUGUUCAUACCGACGAGCGACCGUACAAGUGUUCCAUUUGCAACAGAGGCUUCUUCGUUGCGUCCGAGAUAACCAUUCACGAGCGUACUCACACGGGGGAAAAGCCAUACAGGUGCGAUGUUUGCGGUAAGGAAUACUCGAGAGGUGCCGAUCUGAAUCAACACAAGCAGAUUCAUUUGUCCAGUAAUCUGUAUAAAUGCUCAACCUGCGGAAAAGAAUUCCUACAAAGAGAACAUCUUGCGCUGCACCAGCAGGAACACGAAACCAAGACGCAGAAGGAAGCGGCAGCUGAUAGCGCUGUAGUGCCUUGAAACCUAUAGUGACCAAAUGUGAUUUUAUGAAGCAAUCAUAUGUCUUCCGAUUGUUUGGCAUACAUGUCUUGUGGCAUAACGGUUAUUUGGCAUAAUCGUUGUUGUUUCAAUUAUUAAAAUCAAAAUGGUAAUCACAAGCUUAAAAUUUUUAAUAAUAUUCCGUUGUCAGUGCCUUAAAAAGUAGACUAAGCAUGCUCCUAUGUUUGAAUAAACCGGGCUAUACAAGAAAUCGAAA